AUGCGUUGUGACGAUCCAAAGUGUGGCUGUCAGCCCUAUCCCAGGAAGAACAGAAAGGUUGAGAUAGUCCUCUAUGGCGACCAGCCUGACCAAUUUUGUCCACUCAAUCAACAAGGCUCGAGUAUCGAUGUGAUAUUUGACCCAAUCGGGAACGCCAUGAUCUUGCGCGAGAUUAUCAAUGACCCCACGAGGAAGUAUACGUUUUGGAAUUUUAGUGUGCAACUCGAUGCUGCAAACUUGCAUUUCAUGAACCUAGAAGGGCUCGCCGAUGGCUCUUUGAUACUCACCGUUCGGAUACGAAGCUCAGCUUGUGCCGUGAGAGGUAGCAUGAUCUCGGUGAAAGAGAAGAUUUCUGGAUUUGCGCCUCCUCGUCUCAAAAGCAAAUUGUACAACGACCUUUAUGUCGUUGUAUAUCUGUGCGACUGGCCCCGGCAAACCCUUCAGUUAUUCCUCCCGGAAGAGCGGCUGGUGGAAUGGAAAACAGUGGCAUUGAUCCUCAAGUCCUUCGGAAGGAUCACAGCAGAUCAGUGGUCUGAUAUGGUGUGGAUGAAGGAUAGGCCAUCUGUAGCGGGGCUGAACUGGAGAGCCAUUGAGAGGGAUGUUAAGAUUUACAAGAACAGAUUGGCCGAGCUGAAGGCUAAGGGGAAGCAGAAAUAUGCCAUCGAAGCAUCACGAGAUAACCUUCCAAAAAGGAACAGAUCAAACAGCAUCGGGAGAUUGUCAUAA